GUUAGUAGCGGAAAAACUCCAUUAAGGUUCACUUUCUAAGGUAAAGGAAAUUUUCAACAUGGUUUUGGUCGGAGCAGCUGUUCUGCCUCAUGGAACAAUGAUAUUUGAUGGUGAUCCUCACUCGGAAAGCGUCGCAUGCCGUAAAAGGAAUUCCACAAUGCCUACAGGGCUCAUCAAACAGUGCUCUGCAUUGUACUCUUCUUGUGAGCGGGCAGCUGACUUGUUGGCCAAGAUGAACCCUGAUGUCGUUAUUCUUGUUACCCCACAUGGGUUAUCUCUGUCAUCUGGCUCGCUUGGUAUCUACUUGGCCUCUGUUACGCAAGGAAAUGCUCUGUGGAAUGACGAGUGGCGAGAAGUCGAGCUGAAUGUUCCGUUAGAUUCUCAACUCGCUGCUCAGCUUCUAGAGUUUGUUCAGCAGAGAGGGAUUAAAGCAGAUGGUGUCAUAACGUUUUCUAUGAUGGAGGCACCGAUAAGGUGGGCUGAGGUUGUGCCUCUAUGGUUUAUUAACAGUAAGACUGACUCGGAUAAGGUGAAGUACGUGAUUGUGGCUACUGCGAGAAAUACUGAAGGACUGGAUGUAAUUGGGAAGGCUUUCCACGAAUUUGUUUCAGGUCUUGAGCAGCGGGUAGCUUUAGUAAUGAGCGGAGAUCUAGCUCACACGCAUGAGACAACUUGCAAUAUUCCACUGUAUUUGCCAGGUAUUUAUAUACUAAUCAUUUCAUGAUUAUGUGUUCUUUUUGUCAUACACCCCGAUGACCUUGUUCGAGAGUAUCAUAUUGCGUGACAGACAGAACUCUCCAACAGCAUAGCUAAGGGUUCCAGCGCAAGGUUGCAUUUGAUCCCCUUUUUGUCACGGAAAGGUGAUAAAAUAAAACGACAUACUGCGAUAAAGUAACCAGAUGCUUGCACAAGACCCCAUACAAUCUGUUUGUGCCACUGUUACUUUGAAUUUUACAGUCAAUGUAGUCGUGAUUAGAUUCCCUGCAUGCCAAGAAGUAUGUAUUGAGACAUGUUCCUUUACAUUUUUAUCAAACAAUACAAUUGAUACAAUUCAGUCAAAAUGGUAGCCUGAGAGAAGACCCUCAGAACUAGCACUUCAGCACAAGCAUUUCUGUGCCUACAGGAAAAUAUGAGGCCUUGAGAUACUCUAGCCAGCAAGAUGUUUUUAAGGGUGCUACCAUUAGUGCCAGACAUCUGUAAAACCUCUCCCAACUCAUCUCCUAUCUUCCUGUAGGUGGAGAAAUUUUUUAUCCUGCAGCACUAAUGAGGGUCUGCUUGCUUGAUGCCCGGAGGUGAAUGAACCAAUCAGAACACUAAUAUCAAUAUCCCGAGUUGAAAAUUUGACAAUUAAGGAUGGACCCAUCUUCUACUAAGCUCUGUUAAAUCCAUAAUCCCAUGUGAAAAUCAUUUCGUGUUGAUACCUAAAAUUUCAGUGGGUCUCCUGUGGUAUGGUUCUAUAAUGAAAAUCCUUCUUCUCCUUUAAUGGUGAAAUAUAUUUUCACGAGGAAAAUAACUAGCACAAGCUAACAUCAAUAACUGAUUAUUAUUUGUAUCUUUCAUUUGAAAAUCCUUCUGUUGGGUAAGAAAUAUUCUUGUGUUUUGUUUUGGUGAACUUUUUAUUUAAUUAAUCACACUGGCAAGAGCCCACAGACUCCUGAAUUGGCUCAAUAGGGUUGGAACUUUCAUAGAAUAUACUAAUCUGUACCUAUGAAUACCUGCACUUGAAGAUGAUCCCUGCCAUGUAAACUCUGGUCAUUUUCCUUUAACUUAUCAGUUGUGGGGAUGGCGACAGUGGAGUGGGCUGAAAUUUGCAAAUGGGAAUUGAUCAAGGUGCCUUGUUUUAACCUUUUAACUCCUGUGAGUGACCAAGACAGAAUUUCUCCUUACUAUAUCUAUGCAAUAUCAUUCAGACAAGUGAUGAGAAUAAAGAAAAAUAUCAGUUAUGGGAUUACUAAUUGAUCCAAUACCAAAUUCUCCAAACUAAGGUAAUGAGAAUCAUUUGGCAGACAGUAAGAAGAAUUACUGAGAUCUUGGGAGGUAAAGGGUUAUUAACAGUAUAAUGUUCUAUAAUUGUUUGAGAAAAUUUCUUCCUUAGACCCUAGAUCCAACUUGAAACCAUCAGAAAUUGCAGUGGAAUUCGACAGGAUGUGGGAGAUGUGGGCUAGAGGCAUACCAUAUGGUGAUGAUGUGCUAAAAGAUACUGGUAGAGAUGAGAGAUGAUUGAUGAUGCUCAUUGAUACAGAGCUAACAUUCAUAAGCAGCAGUCAGUAGAACUAUUUGCAGCCCUCAGUGGCUCUGAUUGUAACUUUAUGGCUAUUGUUUUCCUUCAGUAAAGAGCAUAGAAUUGAAGUCCAACAUUCCAGCCCUGUUGAAUGAGAAGAGUAUUCUGGGUGGGGAUUUGACAGCAGGUUACCCAGUAUGAAGACUGCACUUUAGGAACAUAGUAUUAGUACAUAUUUGUACCAAAAUUUAUACCUGGCGACCUUUUUAUGUUUGAAAUGCAUGGGAUUUCUAUCUUAAGAGUGUCAAGAGGAACAUUUCAAGACAAGAGGGAGGUGGGUGGUGGGGUACUUGGGUCAUUUUUUGGGGGGUAUGUGCUGCUGGCCUCUCAGGACCCCUACCUUUGUAGAUCUUCUCAUUUUUAAAUCCUCACUUACCAGAAUUUUUGUAGGUUCUUUUCUUAUGGAUAACGCUAAACGGGGGAUGAAUCUUUAAUUGGCGGUGAAAACAGUAGGUUUCAUUCACGUUUCUUCGCAAGAUAACGAUUUAUCCGUUGGAUACCGUUAUUCAGCUUUUGAACAACUGGGUCCAGACCUUUGCGGGCAAUACUGACUAAAGAAAAACUUUCAUUUUGAAUGUAUAUUGUUCUUCAUAACUUGGUCAAAACAUUUCAUCUCAGGUCACGUGGAUGAGGUUCACCCGUGGGUGGCCAGACAAUGUUCACCGUGGCUGGACAGAAUUCUUGAAGACAACCCAAUAGCAAAGGCUUGUGGCAGGAGAAGCAUUCCAAUUCUCCAAAGUAUUUUAGAAAAGGAAAGUGAAGAGGGUGCUAAUGUCACAUCGCACUUCUUAGGCCGCUGGGCUCCCACGUAUUAUGGAAUGAUGACCGUUGUUUUCAAAAUAAAUAAGUGACAUUUGCCGUGGGCAGGAGCACUUUACUCCUGCUGUGAGUGAAUAAUCUCUUUGUUGUUAGAGCCUAGUUCCUCGAAUAAGCUGUUGACAAUCGCCCAGAAUGCUAUUGUCUUUCGCGACAUGUACUUGCAGUGCCCAUAUAGUCAGCGGGCGGCAUAAUGAUUUGCAUAUCUUGAAUUAGUCGGUUGUGAUUGGUCAGCAGAUAAAGCUUUGAGAAUACAUGAGUCUCUUGGCAGGUUUCAGCUGCUGUCAAUCAAACGGUUGGAUGCGCAAAGUAAAUCCCAAGGUGACAUAAAGUGAACAAUAGCAAUAAUUAACAAUAACCACGCUCUUAACUAAGCAUGUAGCAAAUUCUUUUGCAGCGAAUUCUUCUAUAGACUGACAGGCUCACGUUGGUCAAAAUGUUAUCGGAAUUAUAGAAAUUAGUAUCAUGAAAAUAGAAAAAAGAAAAAUCAGGAAAGUAGUAUCUUGAAGAAUAGUUGGUUUAAAAAGCGUAACUUGCGAUCAGGCGGUUUUCGAGUGCGAAAGGCUUGCGAUUGUGGACUGAAAACAAAAAAACGCCUGAUCGAAGGUUAUGAAAAGCGCUGCUCUGAGGAGGGGUGGGCGCCUAUGAAAUUUUC